AUGAAAGUGGAAGACAAUUCUAGUACCACCCUCUUGACAAUGGUUUAUGCUAAUCUGAAUGCGAGCCUCCAUAAGCACCUUUUGCAGGAUUUGGAUGUUCUGGCUAGCUCUAUUUCCGAGCCUUGGAUUAUUGGCGGUGAUUAUAAUGCUGCUCUGUAUAAUUGGGAAAGGAAAGGUGGAGCUGUUAAUAUUUUGGGAGGUUGUCGUUUAUUUAAAAAUUGGUUUGAUCAUUUUAAUCUUAUUGACCUCGGUUUUACUGGCUCUCUUUAUACUUGGAAGAGAGGCAAUUUGAUUAAAAGACUUGAUAGAUUUAUUCGUAAUGAUCUCUGGGUGAGUAACCCGAUCUAUCUCCAGUUUAAUAUCCAGAAGGUGAGUAAAUCUGAGCCUAAAGCGUUUAGAUUUUUGGCUGCAUGGUUGGGAGAUAAGGCCUUUCCCGAGUUGGUUAAAAAUAUUUGGAGCGAACCAGACACUUUCUCAAAUUCUAUUCAGAAGUUUACAGGGGUUGUCAAGGAUUGGAACUUUAAGGAGUUUGGCAAUAUUUUCAAAAAGAAGAACUCUCUUUUGGCAAGAUUGGGAGAGAUCCAGAAAGCCUUGGAUAUGCAUCAUUCCCAGAACCUAAGAGAUAGAGAGAAACAUCUAAGGAUUGAGUUAGAUAAAGUGUUAUUUCAAGAAGAGUUAUUUUGGUUUCAAAAGUCUAGAACCGAGUGGAUAACGGAUGGAGAUCGCAAUACGGCUUUCUACCAUAAAAAUGUUUCUCACAUGCGUCGGAUGAACAACAUCAAAGUGUUAAAGAAUGAAUAUGGUGAGAUUGUGGAAGACCAGACUUUGCUUAAGGGCAUGGCUCGUGAUUAUUUUCAGAAAUUAUACUAG